AUGGCAAAAGCUGCCUUCGAGGAGGCCCAGAGUAAGCUCUGGAACCUUAAGAAAAAGCUGCAAGAGACUCAAGAUACCCGCAAACCUUUCCUUAAGAAGAUCGCGGCCUGCGAUGUUGCUCUGUCGCCCAUGAGGCGCGUACCGGUCGACAUUCUUAGGGAAAUUUUUCCUUACACACUGAAGAAACCGCCUACAGCGCACCGCAAGCGCGCCCCUCUCUCGCUCUCCCAUGUUUCAUCCAACUGGAGAAGAACGAUUCAUUCCAUACCGUUGAUGUGGAGUCAUCUGAAGAUCCCUCUUAAAGGGGUUUUCGACCGGUAUUAUCAAAAAGAUAUGUUUGUCCGCUACCAGUCCCAGGUGGCUGGGUUUCUCAACAACUCUGGUGACCUUCCUGCGACUCUCCAACUGAUAUUGACGUCGACCGCGAUUACGGGAGACCCUGACGACCUGGCCUGCGACGAAAAAGCGACGAUGGAUAUGUUCGACGAUCUUCUCGCGUUUGUCCUCGCCUCGCCCAAAGUUACAAACAUGGGACAAUUGGAAGUUCAGAGCCCUUUUCUCCAACGCACGAUAAUAGCUCUGUCGAAUGUCCAGCGUCAGCUCCCUCAACUGAAGUCCUUCAAACUUAAAGGCUCUUUGUUCAGGGAUUAUUGGCCACGUGAACUCGGUCCUCCACUUCACGACUCUGAUGGCGACUCUUAUCUCGCGCGAUUCCUCACCCAUGCACCAAACCUCCGUGAUCUCUAUUUUGUUCGCGAUGUUCCAAUCAGAGUUUUCUUCAAUCACCCUUGA